GUCAGCACUCAGCACAGGCAGAGGCACCUUUUAAAUAGUCCGUCUGGCGCCAAUCUUUACCGUGCCCGUCUCCGAAUUCCCGUCUCAGUAAUUCCCUUACAGUCUGCAGUCUCUGGUCAUCUCCUUUACUUACUAUGUCUGCAGUCUCUGGUCAUCUCCUGUGCUAUGUCUGUAGUCUCUGGUCAUCUCCUGUACUAUGUCUGCAGUCUCUGGUCAUCUCCUGUACUAUGUCCGCAGUCUCUGGUCAUUCCCUGUACUAUGUCCGCAGUCUCUGGUCAUCUCCUGUACUGUGUCUGCAGUCUCUGGUCAUCUCCUGUACUAUGUCUGUAGUCUCUGGUCAUCUUCUGUACUAUGUCUGCAGUCUCUGGUCAUCUCCUGUACUGUGUCUGCAGUCUCUGGUCAUCUCCUGUACUAUGUCUGUAGUCUCUGGUCAUCUUCUGUACUAUGUCUGCAGUCUCUGGUCAUCUCCUGUGCUAUGUCUGUAGUCACUGGACAUCUCCUGUACUAUGUCUGCAGUCUCUGGUCAUUCCCUGUACUAUGUCCGCAGUCUCUGGUCAUCUCCUGUACUGUGUCUGCAGUCUCUGGUCAUCUCCUGUACUAUGUCCAUCUCCUGUACUAUGUCCGCAGUCUCUGGUCAUCUCCUGUACUGUUUCCGCAGUCUCUGGUCAUCUCC